ACAUCAACUUGAGGCAACGAUGAAAGCCACAUUCGUGCUGGCAUGUCUUCUUGUGAUAGCUGCUGUUUCCCAUGCCGAUCUCCUACCAAAACGAAUGGACGCAAAUGCUUUCCGCAUGUCGUUUGGCAAACGUAGCGUAUCCAAUCCAGCAGAGGCAAAACGAAUGGAUCCAAACGCUUUCAGAAUGUCCUUCGGGAAACGAUCAGCCGAGCAGAAUGAGCAAGCUAAUAAGGAAGACAAAGCGACAUCCGACAAGCUCUACGACGACACCAAAUUUGAGGAGAUGAAGCGCAUGGACGCCAACGCUUUUCGCAUGUCGUUUGGAAAACGCUCGGAUGCUCAUCAAGCCGCCGAUGAUCAGGUCGAGUACGUGAAUGAUGACUUUUCACUCCCUGAGCAAAAACGUAUGGAUGCCAAUGCGUUCCGCAUGUCGUUUGGAAAACGAGUCAACUUGGAUCCAAACAGCUUUCGAAUGAGCUUUGGAAAGAGAAGUACAGUCGGGUACAACUUGGACGCUCGGAACUACUUUGUCGGAUUGGGACGUCGUUAAACUCCAGCGAACAUCAAGCUACUUUCAUCCCAAUUGCUUCUUCUUAGUCCCAAAUAUGAUAACACUCUUUCCAUAAAAUCGUUUUUGUGCAAUAAAUUGAUUGUAUGGGAAAUACAUCGAAGAUCUUUUAGCUAAUAAAAUGUUACAAAAAUUGCCGUUC